AUGAGGGCCAUCCAAGUUCUAGGAAGCAAGACAUCACCCGAGAUAUUCUUGAAUCAAUCUUUACCCAAGCCUGCACCUCAAAAAUCGGGCAUCUUGAUACAAGUCACUGCCGCCGGUGUCACCGGCGACGAGAUCCUCUGGCCCGAGCUUUACGAGACUCCCUCACGAAUACCAGGGCACGAACUAUCCGGGACGAUAUCCGAACUUGGCCCAGAGUAUCGCGGAUCUCUGGUAGUCGGACAGGAAGUCUUUGCCUUCACCGCGGCAGAUCGCGGGCAAUGCCACGCCGAGUACGCCAUCUGCUCUGCAAACGAGGUUGCUCCCAAGCCUGCGUCCAUCUCCCAUCUCGAAGCGGCAGCGCUCCCGAUCCCGCUUCUGACUGCAUUCGAGGCAAUCUUGGACCAUGGAAAGGUCAGACCCGGCAUAAGGGUUCUUGUCAGGGGAGCUUCCGGCGCGGUGGGCAGAAUUGGUGUCCAGCUGGUCGCCCGGCUUGUCGAGAGCCAUGCGAUCGCCUUGGCUUCUCUCAAAAACCACGAUGCUGUGCGGAAUCUUGGCGCUGACGAGGUGAUCGACUACGCCUCAACUAGCUGGGAAUCAAAGGUCGAUGCCGUGGAUGUCGUCUUCGAUACUGUCGGCGGAACAGUCCUGAAGAAAUCUUGGCAGACUGUGAAAGAGGACGGGUUGAUCGUCACUCUUGGAGACCCGCCUCCGCCCUGGGCAUUCCAGGAUUGUCGGCCUGACGAGGCUUCCAGUCGACCCAAUGUGCGGUACAAAUACUUCAUCGUGGCUCCUAAUGCCGAGCGGCUUCGUCAAGCUUCAGAAAUGAUCGAUGCCGGCUCGCUCAGGCCUUUUAUGGUGAAGUCAUUCGGUUAUGAAGAAGCACAGAACGCUUGGGCGUAUGCAAGACAACGAUGUCGAGAGAAGAAGGCUGUGAUUUGUUUCUUGUAA